CGUUCGUCCCGGGCAGCAACGAGAGCAUCUCCGCCAGCGUCGGCCACGUCGCCGCCCAGCUCGGGAUGUGCAAAAUGAGUGCCCAGCAGAAGCAGACGAUGAAGCGCAUGAUCGAGUCCUCGGACGUCGACCCCGAGCGCGCCCAAAGGAUGAUGGAGGACAUGGCUGGGAGCGACAGCGAGUCGACCGACUCGGGGGAGAUGGAGGAGCUGGGGCCGCUGCAUGAGGCGGCAGGCAUGGGGAGGAUGGACACGUGCAAGUACCUGGUGGAGGAUCUUGGGUUUGACAUCAACGCCGAGGCUAACGAUGAUUCGGGCAUGACACCUUUGGUUUGUGCGGUGUCGCGUGGCAAAGCAAUUGCUGUGAGGUAUUUGCUGGAGAAAGGCGCUGAUCCGAAUAAGGAAGACAUCAUAGGCUUUACUCCUCUUCACUAUGCUACAAAGGAAGGAAAUGAUGGACUGGUACGACUGUUGCUAUCCAACGGUGCAAGUGUUAAUGCAUCCUCUUCUGAAGGGACGCCACUACAUAUGGCUGCAUCUCAUGGGAAGUCUGCCAUCGUGCAGGUUUUGUUGCAGAACAAUGCAGAUCCAAACAGGGUUUGUGCAGAUUUAGGAACACCCAUGACUGCUACAGUUCUUUGUGCCGCGGUUGCUUGUGUUAUUCCUGGAAAAAUUACUGAGUCUGCUGCUCUAAAGUGCAUGAAGCUCCUUGUCAAGGCUGGUGCUGAUUUCAACUGUACAAAUCCUGAUACUCCAUUGGUGAUAGCAACCAGUAAAGACUUAUCUGAAUGUGUCAAGUACUUGUUGGAGGUCGGUGCAGAUGCCAAUAUUCCGAUCAACCAUGGCGGUUCCACACCAAUAGAAAUUGCUGCAGAUGCUGGAAGAAGAGAGCUCGUGGAGAUUCUAUUUCCUCACACUUACCCUCUUCAUUCCGUGUCAAACUGGAGUGUUGAAGGGAUCAUUGCUCAUGCAAAAUCGAAACAAUUGAAGGAGAAGGAUAAGAAAUGUGACAAAGACAACAAGGUUAAGCUGGAAUCAGAGUCAGAAAAAACAUCCAAGAAAGUGGACGCAAACUCAGAAAAACCUUCCAAGAAAGUGGAGGCUAGUGCGUCGAAGUCCUCUGCCAAGAACAAGGUAUGUGAUAAAGAUGAGAAGGCAAAGCUGAAAUCACUUGGUGCAAAAGCGGUAGAGGAGAAGGACUAUGCUGCUGCAACAAAAUUCUACAGUGAGGCAAUCAAAGUGGAUCCUGCAGAUGCGGCGCUUUAUUCAAACAGGAGCCUUUGCCAUCUGAAGAGUGGUAAAGCACAGGAUGCUUUGGUGGAUGCUAAUGCUUCCAUAAGGGUGCGGCCUGAUUGGCCAAAAGGUCACUAUCGGAAAGGAGCUGCCUUCAUGGUGCUCAAGGAGUACAAAGAAGCAUGCGACGCUUUCAUGGCUGCAGUGAAACUGGAUCCUGAGAAUGAGGAGAUGCAUGACGCAUUUUGGGAGGCAGUUGUGGCAUUGAAGAAGGAUCAUUCGUCUGGUUGCAGCGACGAUUCAUCUGACUAGGGCUGAAGGAGUUCCUGCUGGUUGAGUGGGUUUCCUUUCUGGCGGCUUCUCAUUCGUGUCUGUUUAUUCAUGUCUGAUGAAGUGGCGGACUCUUUUUGUCUAAUCGUGACUCAGUGCGGCGAAGUGGUGGUGAGCCUUGACGUGCUGUAACCCAUCUGAGUCGUUAGGAUACUGGUACUUUCUUUGUGUGAGGUUGGCUGUUGCCUGUUGCUACAUAUGGCUGCUUGUGGAGCCAGGCAGUGUUCUAA